AUGUCCGCUGUUCAGGCCAAACGUGCAGAAUUGGACUAUCUCAGGAAGAUCACUGCUUUGACAGAUACUUUAAAAUCACAAUUGGAUGAAUUAUCUGUUCAAGUUAGUCAAAUGAAUAACAAUGCAAGUGUAGUGGAACAGAUAAUGGAAAAUUGGAAUUCAAUAUUGAGAUCCAUAUCUCAGGCUAGUUUGUCUCUUCACAAUUACUCUCAAGGUGAUUACCAAGUAGGUGCUUGGAAUGAAAAUGAUGAUACAAAAGAUGAAAACCCUCCACUACCUGGAACUCUUUUACGUAUGAGAGUUGAUGGAGAUACAACCAAUGUAGAUUAA